AUAUCUGGUUGCAUGAGUUCUGUUUUAAAAGAGUUCAGAUCUGUUAAGGGAUUCAACCGGGAAAUAGAACCAAGUUCUUUCCAUCAGUCUGAACAAAAUAUAGAUGAAGUUGAUACAGCUAUUUUUUACUCCAUAACCUCCACCCAGCUUGGUCUGCAAGGGAUAGAACUCGGAAACCAUCUUAUUAAACAGGCUGUUUCUGAGCUACGACGUGAACUGCCAGGUUUGAGUAGGUUCUCCACCUUGUCCCCUAUCCCAGGGUUCAAGUCCUGGUUACUCUUGGAGCUGAUGAGGUACAGGAGGGGAGACACCACCACACCCCUCACCAUUCAAGAUAAAGAGAUUUUAGAGAACAUUGACGCAACUAAACCUGCCGAAGAUACUUUGUCUGAGCUUGUAAAAUCAGGAUCUUGGGUUGGAGAUAAGAAACUAGAAAAUGGACUCAACAAGGUUCUUUUAAAACUCUGUGCAAGGUACUUGUAUCUGGAAAAGCGAAGGAAUAAAGCUUUAAACCCAGUAGCAAACUUUCAUAUAAGAAACGGUGCUACAUUAUACAGGAUAAACUGGUUGGCAGAUCCAUCACCUCGGGGCAUAUCUCAAUCUUGUGGCAUCAUGGUGAACUACAGAUAUUAUCUACCAGAGGUGGAAGACAAUGCAAACAAGUAUCUGACUGAGCAUACGAUACCAGUAGAUAAACAAGUUCUCCAGCUUUUAGAUAUGUAAUACUAAGAAGCGAUGAGGAAUUGAGCCAGGAAUUUUGUGUCAAUAAUUUCAAUUAUAAUGUUGUAAGAAUGCUGUAAAGGAACCCCUUCUUGAUUAUAGAUGGUGUUUUUCUUAUCCUAUACAUUUAGACAUUCAAUUCAUUUCGUUUCCCUUUUCACCUUUAUGCUGCGGACUCUUGUAUUUAUUAUUGUCGGCAUUAAAUGAAAUAACUGUGAUAUUCUGAAGAAUUUUUGUAAAAUUAUAACAGCAACGAAAAAAUUGAUUUCAGA